GGUGCUCCCAGAUAUGGCAGACAUAAAAGGUGUUGAACAAAAGUUAUCCAAAGGUUGCAAAGAAAGUCUGGAGUUCCUAAAAAAGAAGUAUGGCCCUCAAAGCCUGAAGCAUAAACCAAAACCAAAAACAGAUAGGAGCAUUUCAAAAGAACUGAUUGUUCAUAUAAUGGAUGGUAAAAAUAGGGCCUUGAAGAGAGCCUUCCCAACGGAUGAUGGACUUAGUGGCUGUCUGAAAAUCCUAACCAGCUACAGCGAUAAUGCGGAAAAUUGGAUGUCCAAAAUUAGUGACAUGUUCAGAGGGAAGAUUAUUUUCCUUCCCUACAUAAUGGGAAAAUGUGGUAUUGAAGCAAUAGAGAACCCCCAACAAUUCACACUUGGUCACUUGGAGAAACUAAAAACAAAUAAGAAAUAUGUACCACUAAAGAUAUAUGCAAAGGCCAGAGGGAAAGAUAUCUGAUGAAUUUGAAGACUUUGAAGAGCUGGAUCUUGAGACCCCAAAGAAAGAGAGAA